AUGAAAUUUUUAUUAAUUUUAAUUAAUAUUUAUUUACUUGUAAAAUGUGAUAAUAACGUGGAUAUUCCAUCUCAAUCAGUUAAUAGAACUGUUGUUCCAUAUAAUACAAUCGUUGGAUAUGCAUCAACAAAUGUCGAAGCUUAUUCAAAUGGAAAUGAUAGUCAGACAACAACUGAAUAUAAUUCUUUAUAUGGAAUAUUUAUGGGAAUAAAAUGGCAAUGUGUUGAAUACGCACGUCGAUGGUUAUUUAUACGUAAAGGUUGUGUUUUUGACAGUAUUGAUGGUGCUGCUGAUAUUUGGACACAAAUUGAUUAUGUUCAAAGAGUUGAUGAUAAAAAAUGUUUUUCAGUUAAAAAAUAUUCAAAUGGUUCUCCUAAUCGACCACAAAAUGAAUCAUUACUUAUAUAUAAUCGUUCAGGAAUUGCUUUGCCAUUUGGUCAUGUUGCUAUUAUUGUUGAUGUUUUAUCUAAUUCUAUUCGAGUUGCCGAAGAAAAUUAUGAUUCUUAUUUAUGGAUUGGUAAUUAUUCUCGAGAAAUUCCAUAUAAAUAUUUAAAUGGAAAUUAUUAUAUUGAAGAUAAAUAUCCAAUUGCUGGUUGGAUAUCGAUUAUUGAUUAUAAUCAAACAAAACCAUUAGAUAAAUAUACAAUCAAUAAUAUUAUUAAACUUAAUGGAACAUCUCCAGAUUUUAUUUGUUCAAAUAAUUCUAUUUAUUCAAAUAAUUCUAUUUAUUCAAAUAAUUCUACUUAUCAUUUUAUUUCAUUUUAUUCUUAUCUUAUUUUUAUUUUCGUUUUAUUAAAAAAUUAUUGUAUGUAG